AUGGCCAGCAGAACCUUCGCGCCAAUGCUUCGCCAGGCUCUACGUGUUUCUCAGAGAAAUGCUAUCGCGACUCCACGUCGCUUCAUCAACACCGAGACAGCGCCCAAUCUAUACACAGCGCGCGCACACGUCGUAGGAGCACGAACAGGACACGUCGAUGGCGAAAAUCUCAAGGUGGACCUAACCAUGACCAAAGCACUCGGCGGUCCGGGCGACAAAGGCAAAACAAACCCAGAAGAGUUAUUCGCAGCCGGCUACGGAGCUUGCUUCCAGAGCGCGAUGAACGCCGUCGCACCCUCCCUAGGCGUCAAAAUGCCUACUAAAACAGAAGAUAGCAUCGUCGAGUCGACGGUGGAGUUAGUCGGGAGCAUGAAAGAAUUGGAUAUGGGUCUGCGCGUGCAGUUGCUGGUUAAGGUUCGGGGCAUGGAGAAGGAAGAUUUGGAGAAGGUGGUGCAGAAGGCAAGGGAGGUGUGUCCGUAUUCGAGGGCGACGGAGGGUAAUGUUUAUACCACUGUGAAGUGUGAAACUAUGUAG